AUGGCUGACGAUGUAUCCAAGUCCAUGGCCAAGCUCCAGCUCGACGAGGAGACUGGGGACGUGGUCUCCAAGGCCGAGUUGAAAAAACGCCAGCAGAAACGAGCCAAGAAGGCCGCGCAGGAGAAGGCGCGACAAGAAAAGGCCGCUGCCGGACCCAGCAAGCAGGCGCCGACCCCUGCCCAGAAGGCCGAGGAGCAGCCGAUUGACCCAGACGCGAUGUUCAAGCAGGGCUUCCUCGAUGACGUCUACAAGGAGCGCCCAGUCAACAAUGUCGUCACCCGAUUCCCGCCCGAGCCCAAUGGCUACCUGCACAUUGGCCAUGCCAAAGCCAUUGCCGUCAACUUUGGCUUCGCCAGGCACCACGGCGGCGUCUGCUACCUGCGAUACGACGAUACCAACCCGGAGGGAGAGGAAGAGAGAUACUUCGCCUCAAUCCUGGAGGUGGUACGGUGGCUGGGGUUCGAGCCAUCCAAGAUCACCUACUCGAGCGACAACUUUGAGAGGCUCUACGAGAUGGCCGAGAAGCUUGUGACGCUCGGCAAGGCCUAUGUUUGCGCCUGCAACGACGCUGAAAUGAAGCUCCAGCGUGGGGGCCUGGGCGCAAAUCCCCGGUAUCGCUGCCAGCACGCCGAGCAGUCAGUAGAAGAUAACUUGGCCAAGUUCCGAGACAUGCGCGCCGGCAAGUACAAGGCCAAGGAGGUGAUUCUACGCAUGAAGCAGGACAUUACCGAUGGAAACCCCCAAAUGUGGGAUCUUGCGGCCUAUCGCAUCAAGACGGACCAGCCUCAUCACCGAACCGGUUGGGACUGGAAGAUAUAUCCCACGUACGACUUUACCCACUGUUUGUGCGACAGCUUCGAGGGCAUCACGCACUCACUCUGCACCACCGAGUUUGUCCUGAGUCGCGUCUCGUACGAAUGGCUGAAUAAAUCGCUCGAGGUCUACGAGCCGAUGCAGAGGGAGUACGGACGGCUGAACCUGUCUGGCACUGUUCUGUCCAAGCGGAAACUCAUCGAACUGGUAAAGAAUAAGAUUGUGCCAAGCUGGGAUGACCCGCGACUCUAUACCCUGAUCGCUAUCCGCCGACGCGGCGUUCCUCCGGGCGCGAUCCUCGAGUUUGUCAACGAACUGGGUGUCACCACGAGCACCACCACCAUUCAGAUCCAGCGCUUUGAGCAGACCAUUCGAAGGUACCUGGAGAAGACGGUCCCUCGGCUGAUGAUGGUCCUCGAUCCCGUACCGCUGGUGAUUGAGGACGCCGCCGCCAUCGAGGUCGAACUCCCGUUCUCUCCCAAGGACCCCAAGAUGGGCUCGCACAAGGUCACGUUUACCUCGACCGUGUACAUUGAGCGAGAUGAUUUUAGGGAGGUGGAUAGCAAGGACUACUUCCGACUUGCGCCUGGCAAGACUGUUGGGCUUCUCAACGCCCCUUUCCCGGUCAAGGCCGUCUCGUUUACCAAGGACGAGGCGACUGGCAAAGUUACCGAGAUUCGCGGCGUAUUUGACAAGGAGACGAAGAAGGCCAAGGCAUACAUCCAGUGGGUCGGUACGGAGGGGUCGAGGAAGGUCGAGGCUCGUGUUCACAAGUCGCUCUUCAAGUCGGAGAAACCGAGCGAGGCAGAAGGCGGUUUCCUGAACGACGUCAACCCGGACAGCCUGGACAUCUACCCCGAGGCCUUGAUCGAGUCGGGCUUCGACGAGGUGAGGCGUCGCGCGCCGUGGCCCGAGGCGGCCGGCGAGAGCGAGCUCGGAAAGGGGGGCCCCGAGAGCGUGCGGUUCCAGGCGAUGCGGGUGGCCUACUUUGCCAUGGACUCGGACACGACGGCGGAAAAGAUUGUUCUCAACCGCAUCGUCAGCUUGAAGGAAGACGCAGGUAAGAAGCAGUAG